AUGAGCCGCUUCAGUACGUUUAAAGGCUACAGCAGGACAGAGGAGGAGGAGGAUGAGGUGUUUGUCUGCAGCCCAGGAUAUAAGGUGACGGACUGAAGCAGAUAUAGCUAUCUGACAAUGUGGGAGGUCUUUAGUUUGACUUAGUAGUGACAUAGUAGGUGAUACUUGUACUUGAUAUAUACUUUCAGCUUAUUCUUUAAAAUGUAUGUUGAAAAUGUUUGCCUGUUUGUAAGUAUAAUAAAUAGGCUGUUGCUUCAUAAAGUAUCUUCUUGACUUUGUCUUAAAUGGCCUAUUUCAGCACUGUGUAGGGAACCUUCCAGGAGCUAAAAACGUAAAACUUAACUUUAUUUAACUCUUAUUUCAUACAGUCCAUCCCAUUUAGCAAAUGAGUGCACCUCGUUUCUCUUGGCUCUCACUGUAGUCAGUCUAUUUCUGAGUUUACUGCUAAGCUUUGAGGCACUAGAAAGAGACCUCUUCUCAACAGAACAGUGUAAAGGAGAUCAGAGCAGAGUAAUUAUAAUGCAAACAAGUUCUCAGGGGAGUGUGUGUGUGUACUGUUAAGUAAAUUUCUGGAGUCCUUCCCUGCUGAUGUGGACUGGAUAAUAUGAACUCACAAUUUUGAGGAGGAGAACAAUACACUACUUAUAGAAAUCACAAUGAUAUGAUAAAUGUAUGCCAGUGAGCACUAAAAAAAGUGCCUUCUCAGGAAACACUACAGUUUGUAUUGCCAAUCAUUUUGACCACCUAACCUUUCGUUUGAGUAUGGCAUAUCACUUUUGGCAGAUUUACAUAUGCUAUUCUUAUCAUUUAUAACAGAGCAUGCCAAUUCUCAUUCUAAUUCUCAGUUCCCCUGCUGAGUUUGGCCUUUGACAGCUGAGUUUCAAUGUAAAAUUUGCUUUACUAUUAUCUGAGCCUUAGGGCUCUGUGACUGACACCCAGCUGUAGAAAAUAUAGUAGGUCCCCACACGAAUGAUGCAGCAUUUUUCCAUUUGUAAAUUAUUUUCACUGUACUUCACUAGAAUCAUACACAGACCUUUCGCCUAAAGAGCCUUCUUUAGUGUAUUCACUCCCAGCUGCCCAUGUCUUUUACCAAAGCCACAGUCAGAACACUUGAUAACAAUAGACAAACAAUAGGGCCUUUCCUGCUGCACACACAGACACUCACAUGCACUGCAAACUUCAUUCUAUUCCAACGCAGCUCUACAGGAUAUUAAAUCAUUAUUUUUGAGUAAAUUCCUAUUAUUCCAGACCCAGCAGGUAUCCCCAUCUGUGCUAGAGAAUGUCUGUCUGGCUGUACUGUCUGGUGUUUUUACUCAAACUCCCUCCCCCUCUGUUCUAUUGCAUUUCCUCUAGAAUUCCUCACCUGCCAGGCUCCGCUUGUCUUGUCUUCAAUACAAAGACAAUACAGAACUAGGCAGACAGCCUAUGGCACUGAGUGCUAUAUGGUGAAUCAGCAAUGGCCAGCUGGGUCCAAAUACAUAGGCCUAUUCAACCCAGUAUCACAGAUUAUUGUGAAAUUUGUGACAGGCACAAGAAACAAAUCUUUUUUGUGUGUGAGCAGUACACGAUUUUGUAUACAGUGCAUUUAAAUUACAGAUAAAGACUGUAGGUUACUUAAGACAGAAACAAUAGGAGGGAGGUUGAUCGGGGAGGAUGGGUGGGUGUAUAAUGUGAACGUGUUCAAAUCUCAUCAUGGCUAACUUUAGCAUUUUCGCUAAUUAGCGACUUUGCAACUACUUACUACUUUUGAGCUACUUUGCAACUACUUAGCAUGUUAGCUAACCCUUCCCAUAACCCUAACAUUAACCCUUUAACCUAACUCCUAAACCUUUUAACUACUUAGCUAGCAUGUUAACUAGCCCUAACCUUAACCCCUAAACCUAACCCCUAGCCUAGCUAACGUUAGCCACAACAAAUUGGAAUUUGUUGUAAUGGUACAUGAAUGCGUUAUGAAGAAAGAAUUUUGAAUAAGUAAUUUGUGUCUAUUUCACAAUAAGCUGUGAUAGUCUGUUGGCCUAUUGUAUGUAUUUGAGGUGUGCUUGAUUUAACUUGGAGUUUGCACUUUUGGGAUUAUUCUAUUGGUUCCAUUGUACAGUACAUACUAAAUCAAAUGCAGCUCAAGUAUUUGAGAUAUUUACAGUAUGUGUUUGACCCAUGGGGUCUAGUAGGGUGGUUUUCUAUCGAGGUCUAGCUACGACUUCUGUGAAUACCACUUUACACAAUGUUAGUUUGACCCUGGGCCCAAACCAGAGACAACAGUCUGGCUACCACUACUGUACCUCCACCUCACUAUCGAACUCCAAAACCAAAAUAUUAUUCAGCAGUGGUACAUUUGGAUUGUCCGUAGUCAUGGAAACCAAAACUCGGUGACUGUGUUUGUUGUAUGGGCCAGACAGAGUGGCAUGUUAAACUGUUGACAAAGCCAACUCUUGUUUCCCCCUAACUUUAAAUACACUGGCAUUUUGCUUUCUGCACUUUUUCUCAAAAUACACUAUUAUGCAACAUGCUGUCUUUUUGUUUCUUGUCUUGACAAUAUCAUAAACUAUAGCCUCAUUUGUGUGUCCAAUUUUUACAGUCUGAGGUAGUUUUUAGAGCUUUUGUAUUUUAUUUUGUAUUUUUCUAUUUAACCUUUAUUUAACUAGGCAAGUCAGUUAAGAACAAAUUUUUAUUUACAAUGACGGCCUACCAAAAGGCAAAAGGCCUCCUGUGGGGACAGGGGCUGGGAUAAAAAAAAUAUAUAUGUAUAUAUAUACACUGCUCAAAAAAAUAAAGGGAACACUUAAACAACACAAUGUAACUCCAAGUCAAUCACACUUCUGUGAAAUCAAACUGUCCACUUAGGAAGCAACACUGAUUGACAAUACAUUUCACAUGCUGUUGUGCAAAUGGAAUAGACAACAGGUGAAAAUUAUAGGCAAUUAGCAAGACACCCCCAAUAAAGAGGUGGUUCUGCAGGUGGUGACCACAGACCACUUCUCAGUUCCUAUGCUUCCUGGCUGAUGUUUUGGUCACUUUUGAAUGCUGGCGGUGCUUUCACUCUAGUGGUAGCAUGAGACGGAGUCUACAACCCACACAAGUGGCUCAGGUAGUGCAGCUCAUCCAGGAUGGCACAUCAAUGCGAGCUGUGGCAAGAAGGUUUGCUGUGUCUGUCAGCGUAGUGUCCAGAGCAUGGAGGCACUACCAGGAGACAGGCCAGUACAUCAGGAGACGUGGAGGAGGCCGUAGGAGGGCAACAACCCAGCAGCAGGACCGCUACCUCCGCCUUUGUGCAAGGAGGAGCAGGAGGAGCACUGCCAGAGCCCUGCAAAAUGACCUCCAGCAGGCCACAAAUGUGCAUGUGUCUGCUCAAACGGUCAGAAACAGACUCCAUGAGGGUGGUAUGAGGGCCCGACGUCCACAGGUGGGGGUUGUGGUUAUAGCCCAACACCGUGCAGGACGUUUGACAUUUGCCAGAGAACACCAAGAUUGGCAAAUUCGUAACUGGCGCCCUGUGCUCUUCACAGAUGAAAGCAGGUUCACACUGAGCACAUGUGACAGCCGUGACAGAGUCUGGAGACGCCGUGGAGAACGUUCUGCUGCCUGCAACAUCCUCCAGCAUGACCGGUUUGGCGGUGGGUCAGUCAUGGUGUGGGGUGGCAUUUCUUUGGGGGGCCGCACAGCCCUCCAUGUGCUCUCCAGAGGUAGCCUGACUGCCAUUAGGUACCGAGAUGAGAUCCUCAGACCCCUUGUGAGACCAUAUGCUGGUGCGGUUGGCCCUGGGUUCCUCCUAAUGCAAGACAAUGCUAGACCUCAUGUGGCUGGAGUGUGUCAGCAGUUCCUGCAAGAGGAAGGCAUUGAUGCUAUGGACUGGCCCGCCCGUUUCCCAGACCUGAAUCCAAUUGAGCACAUCUGGGACAUCAUGUCUCGCUCCAUCCACCAACGCCACGUUGCACCACAGACUGUCCAGGAGUUGGCGGAUGCUUUAGUCCAGGUCUUUGAGGAGAUCCCUCAGGAGACCAUCCGCCACCUCAUCAGGAGCAUGCCCAGGCAUUGUACGGAGGUCAUACAGGCACGUGGAGGCCACACACACUACUGAGCCUCAUUUUGACUUGUUUUAAGGACAUUACAUCAAAGUUGGAUCAGCCUGUAGUGUGGUUUUCCACUUAAAUUUUGAGGGUGACUCCAAAUCCAGACCUCCAUGGGUUGAUACAUUUGAUUUCCAUUGAUAAUAUUUGUGUGAUUUUGUUGUCAGCACAUUCAACUAUGUAAAGAAAAAAGUAUUUAAUAAGAUUAUUUCAUUCAUUCAGAUCUAGGAUGUGUUGUUUAAGUGUUCCCUUUAUUUUUUUGAGCAGUGUAUAUAUAUAUAUAUAUAUAUAUAUAUAUAAAUAUAGGAAAAAACACACAUCACGACAAGAGAGACACCACAACACUAGGUACACAGCAUGGUAGCAACACAACAUGACAACAACAUGGUAGCAACACAACAUGGCAGCAGCACAACAUGGUAGCAGCAUAACAUGGUACAAACAUGAUUGGGCACAGACAACAGCACAAAGGGCAAGAAGGUAGAGACAACAAUACAUCACGCGAAGCAGCCACAACUGUCAGUAAGAGUGUCCAUGAUUGAAUAUUUGAAUGAAGAGAUGGAGAUAAAUCUGUCCAGUUUGAGUGUUUUUUGCAGCCCAUUCCAGUCGCUAGCUGCAGCGAACUGAAAAGAGGAGCGACCCAGGGAUGUGUGUGUUUUGGGGACCUUUAACAGAAUGUGACUGGCAGAACGGCUGUUGUAUGUGGAGGAUGAGGGCUGCAAUAGAUAUCUUAGAUAGGGGGGAGUGAGGCCUAAGAGGGUUUUAUAAAUAAGCAUCAACCAAUGGGUCUUGCGACGGGUAUACAGAGAUGACCAGUUUACAGAGGAGUAUAGAGUGCAGUGAUGUGUCCUAUAAGGAGCAUUGGUGGCAAAUCUGAUGGCCGACUGGUAAAGAACAUCUAGCCGCUCGAGAGCACCCUUACCUGCCGAUCUAUAAAUUACAUCUCCGUAAUCUAGCAUGGGUAGGAUAGACAUCUGAAUCAGGGUUAGUUUGGCAGCUUGGGUGAAAGAGGAGCGAUUACGAUAGAGGAAACCAAGUCUAGAUUUUACCUUAGCCUGCAGUUUGGAUAUGUGCUGAGAGAAGGACAGUGUACCAUCUAGCCAUACUCCCAAGUACUUGUAUGAUGUGACUACCUCAAGCUCUAAACCCUCAGAGGUAGUAAUCACACUGGUGGGGAGAGGGGCAUUCUUCUUACCAAACCACAUGACCUUUUAUUUUGGAGGUGUUCAGAACAAGGUUAAGGGCAGAGAAAGCUUUGUUGUAGAGCGUUUAACACAACAUCCGCGGUGGGGCCAGCUGAGUAUAAAACUAAUCUGCAUAUAAAUGGAUGAGAGAGCUUCCUACUGCCUGAGAUAUGUUGUUGAUGUACAUUUUGUAGCCUGGAAUCCCCUGUUUCGUUAUUGUUCCAACUGUUUAAAUUCCAGGUUAGAGUUUUUUGUAGAACUUGCUGGCUGAGGUUUGUUUGUCUCCACUCCAUUAUCAGUGGGUACUUCGGUUUAGAGAUUGACAGUUGAUAUCACUGCAGACGCAGAGCACUAGAAGGAGGGUUUCCUAUCUGCCUAAACACUUCCUCUUUUCUAUAAAUCAUUAUCUCCUAAUGUGGGCAUUGUAUUUAACCCAAUAAUGGCCAAUCAAUGUCCAAUAAUGCUAAAUAUUGAAUCUUAUUGUAAUGUUUUUAUUUUGAACGAGAUUAAUAAGUAAUGUUGAUGCACAAUGCAUUUGACCGACCUCAGAAAAAGGAUAGCUUGAAGUAUGUAGGAUACCAUGCAGCAUAUUUCGUUUUGACACUGGGCUAGGAACAGAUGGAUACAGCAUGUUGCAAUGUCCGUCCGUACCCCGUGUCUGAUUGCCAAAGCUGCCCAUCCUCCUUCUCCUUCCUGCCUUGCCGAGCAGACUGUAUCACUGUAUCUGUGCUCUGAAUCUACCCUCUCCACUCCUUCCCCUUUCUGUUAUGUACUCCAUAGUUCUGUCAGGGUUAACGUCUCCUUCGCUCUAUUUCUUCUGUAUCCCUCAUCUAAAACUGCCCUCUCCUUCUCCGCUCUGUAUUGUACCUCCAUAGUUCUCCAUAAAUAUAACCUUUCUGGUCAGUGCAUGCUGGCCAUGCUACUCUGUUAGUUUUUCACAAAAGACCUCUCCCCUCUAUCUCUCUCCCCUCUCCAGACGACGUCUCCGGUGGGGCAAGGCCGGCCCGAGUCCCCUGUCUACACUAACCUCCAGGAGCUGAAGAUCUCCCAGUCCAACCUGCCCCCCCUCCCCUCCAGCACCCCACUGCACAUCCUUGGGGACUGGGAGACCCACAAGGACCUCACUGGUAGACACUUCUACUAUAACAGAGCCACCGGGGAGCGCACGUGGAAACCGCCCCGCGCACGGGAUGCUAGUGGCAGUACCAGUAGUAGUCGGGGAGACCCGCAUGGCAUGGGAGAGAUGGAGGUAGGUAACACACCCCCUGUGCACCCAAACAAAACAGAUGCACAUUCCAUUGACUGUCAUGUUGUAGUCAGAGCAGAAGCUGAGCUGUAAGGAAAGAAGGCAAAUAGUUUGGUUUGGAUCCAACUGAGGAAGUUUAACCCAGCAUGUUGACCCCUGCCACUGAUUUACAGUCUACCUAAUCUAUCUGUAUCCUAAUGUGUCAACAACUGGGUCAUUCCACGCAAUGGGUGCCUUUUGUACAUGCAAACUUUGAAGAAAUGAACAUUAAAAUAACAUUCAAUUGCAUGGAGGAUAUGUUUAGCCUACGGAAAAACACCUUUUCCCAUCUCAGGCAAUAAAAACUUAUGAACUAAGAGCAUUUUAUCUGCACUGGUACCACACUGUCUGUCAACACUGUCUGUCAACUGCCUUAACUAUUAUUUAAAAGCAUGUUUGAGAUAAAUCCAACAUUUUCUCAUUGAUCAAGUAUCCCUUGUACAAUACACUCAUACAGUAUAAGAUAAAACUGAUAAAGUUACUGUUGGGCCUCUAACAUGAUUGAUGAUAACAGGGUUGAGGUUUUAGGUGAAGAUCGACCAUUACUCCUCAUGUGGUGAAGUGCAUGGGACCACAUGGUGUUCAAGAAAUUAGGAAUUAUACAUAUGUUCCACACAUAAUGAAAGUUUUCAUAACAUUCAUUGAGCAAACAGGCUUGACAUGUUGAGCUCGACCACAUCAGCCAAAGAUGAUAAAACAAUUAUAAAUACAGUGCCUUCAGAAAGUGUUCACACCCCUUGACUUUUUCCACAUUUUGUUGUGUUACAAGGUGGGAUUAAAAUGGAUUUAAUUGUAAUCUACACAAUAUACUCUGUAAAGUGGAAGAAAAAUCCCAACAUUUGUAAAAAAAUAAAAUAAAAAUAAAAAAACAUAUAUGGAAACUAAAACACUAUUACAUCUUCAUUACAUAAGUAUUCAACCCGCUGAGUCAAUACAUGUUAGAAUCACCUUUGGCAUCGAUUACAGCUGUGAGUCUUUCUGGGUAGGUCUCUAAGAGCUUUGCACACCUGGAUUGUACAAUAUUUGCACAUUAUUCUUUUAAAAAUUCUUCAAGCUCUUUCAAGUUGGUUGUUGAUCAUUCCUAGACAGCCAUUUUCAGGUCUUGCCAUAGAUUUCUUAGGCAGAUUUAAGUCAAAACUGUAACUAGGCCACUCAGGAACAUUCAAUGUCAUCUUGGUAAGCAACUCCAGUGUAUAUUUGGCCUUAUAAUAUAUUUAUUGUGUACAGGCUUCCUUUUUUACACUGUAAUUUAGGUAAGUAUUGUGGAGUAACUACAAUGUCGUUGAUCCAUCAUCAGUUUUCUCCUAUCACAGUCAUGAAACUUUGUAACUGUUUUAAAGUCACCAUUGGCCUCAUGGUGAAAUCCCUGAGCGGUUUCCUUCCUCUCCGGCAACUGAGUUAGGAAGGACGCCUGUAUCUUUGUAGUGAAUGGGGGUAUUGAUACACCAUCCAAAGUGUAAUUAAUAACUUCACCAUGCUCAAAGGGAUAUUCAAUGUCUGCUUUUUUUUUACCCAUCUACCAAUAGGUGUCCUUCUUUGCAAGGCAUUGGAAAACUUCCCUGGUCUUUGUGGUUGAAUCUGUGUUUGAAAUUCACUGCUCGAUUGAGGGACCUUACAGAUAAUUGUAUGUGUGGGGUACAGAGAUGAAGUAGUCAUUCAAAAAUAAUUUUAAACAAUAUUAUUGCACACAGAGUCCAUGCAACUUAUUAUGUGACUUGUUAAGCAAUUGUUUACUCCUGAACUUAUUUAAGCUUGCAAUAAAAAAAGGGGUUAAAUACAUUUCAGCUUUUCAUUUAAAAUUAAUUUGAAAUAAUUUCUAAAAACAUAAUUCCACUUAUGGGUUAUUGUGUGUAGGCCAGUGACACACAAUCUCAAUUUAAAUUCAGGCUGUAACACAACAAAAUGUGGCAAAAGUCAAGGGGUGUAAAUACUUUCUGAAGGAACUGUAGGCCAAAAAGAGAGAGAAGACUUACUUCCUUUUCCACCAUGCUGUUCAGAAGACCCAAAUGAUGUCACCUGCUAUGAAAAAAUAAUUUAACUUGGUGUAAUGGUCCAUUAUUUUAAAGGGGUAAGUUGUUUGCAUGACAGGGUUGGCUUUAAAAUGAUGGACAGACGUAAAUCCAUCACUAAUCACGUCAAUAUAAAUAAUAAUCUUCAGUAAUUACUUUGUCAAAGCAGCAAAAUGACUAGGCCUUUACAAUUAUGGUGAAACUUGAAGAAAUUUGGAUUAAGUGGGUUGAAAUCUAGAAUUGACAAAAGGUUGACGGAGGGACAUGUCAAAAUGUUGCAUUUUGUCACUUUAGCAAGCCUUUAUUCAUAUUAAAAAUCAGAUUUACUGAAUUCUCCAUAUGGUCUAUAUUAAAGUGCACUUCAUUUAAUAACAGGCUUUUAAAAUUCAUUAUUGGUGCAUAAUUCCUUCUUAAAAUUUCAAAGGAAAAGACACCCAUUUCGUGAAACGAACAAACUGCUCUGAAAGGUGGCCUUGGGUCCCAGGUUCAGGUCUUGAGGCUAAAGGUAGUGGUCUGGUGACUGGUCUGGCUCAGUGGUAGUCCAGAUCCUAUUACGGCUCUCUCCCUGUGUUUCUGUAAUGGGUGAGAGUGUAACUGUGUUAAAGAAACCAGGUCAGGACUGAAGUAGGUUUCAGGCUGUAGCUGUACUAUAUUUAAGUACCAGUUAGAGAGACGCUGGUUCAUCAGAUGUAAUACCACGGCUGACUGAAGCAUAGACUCUGUACCUCCCAAAUGGAACCCUAUUCCUUAUUAAGUGCACUACUUUUUACCAGGGCCCAUUAAAAGUAGUGCACUAAAUAGGGAAUAGGGUGCCAUUUGGAACAUAUCCUGUGUCUACUCUGCAAGGCAGUAGUUUACAUCUAUUACUACUGUGGGAAGCAUUAAGUACUGUAUUUGUAUAGGCAAAUAGAGGAAUAGUUGAUUUCCAACUAACUGUAAAGGUUGUGUUGUGGUAACUGAGGGCAGGGAAACAAGCUGGUGCUAUUUUGAUGAGGGGAAAUAUUUCCCGGUCAGGUAGUAAAAUAAAAGUCUGUAAGAGUGUCCUCAAUUUGGAUUUCAUGUAAUGUUACUGCUACAACACUGCCCCCCAUGAUGUGAACUAUCAGAUUGUUACUUUGUUUCCAACUUGCCAUAUGAAAUGCUGGGAAAUAAACACAAAUAUCCAUAGUUGAUCAAUGUCUCCUUUUCCUGGGAACUGUUUACUUUUUCUGUGGUGGUUGCACUUUAUGGUUGGGCAUUUUCCUUUUUCAAUUAAGGUUGUUUUUAUGGGUACUUGGGCACUCUCCAGCUGCAUCUUUGAUCAUUCACUACUAACUCUUCUAAAGGCAAAACAAGAGCAAUUGAGAUAUCAAUCAAUUGAUCUAUCGAUCUACAUAUGACUCUAAAAAACCUCUCUGUUCUCCGAGAAUAACAAUGGUCUCUUUUUCUCUCUUUCUCACCCUUUUCUCCCCCCUCCCUGCUGCCCCUCAUGCAGCCCCUGUCUUCCGAGGAGAACUGUCACAGCAGCACCUACUCCAGUCAGUCAGACAGUCAGUAUGGAUCUCCCCCUAGAGGUUGGUCAGAGGAACUGGAUGAACACGGACACACCCUCUAUGUCUGUGAACAUACUCAUGAGAAGGUACUGGGGCUCUCCUCUUUUAGUUUCACUCUCUCCGUUUCUCUGUCACUCCUCCCAGGGCUAAGGGUGUUAUCAUAGGUUCAUGGGGGAUGGGUAUUUGGUAUUUAUUAGGAUCCCCAUUAGCUGCUGCAAAGGCAUCAGCUACUCUUCCUGAGGUCCACAUGAAACAUGACAUAAUACAUAGUACAGAACAUUAUUAGUCAAGGACUGAAAUACAUACAUUUAAAACAUCACACACAGCCUAUAUAUCAGUACAUACACACAAUAUCUAGGUUUAAUACAUAAUACAGUGCAAAUUACAAUACAAGAUAUAUAUAUAAUGGCUGUGUCAUAAGGUGUUCUUUUAUCGUUUUUUUAAACUUGUUUUAUUGCUAGCUUGAGUUACCUGGGGUUGCAGAGAGUUCCAUGUAGUCAUGGCUCAAUUUAAUACUGUGCGUUAUCCCACACAUACCAUUGAGAGGACUGACUGUGGGGAUGUCGGGUUGUUGAUUUCUCUUACUUGAUCGAGAAUGUUUCUUUACUUCUUUAUUUGAAACUUUCUACCCUGCUAUACUCUGUUUUCCGGUCGUCAUUGAUAACCCAUUGUUCUGUAUUUUUACAGAGUAUUAUUUUCCAUGUGAAUUAUGAAACUGUGUUCAGUGCUCAUUAGAGUUUGUGUUUGUAGUGGAUAAAGCACGUGGACGAGCAGGGGAGGCUAUACUACUACAGUGCAGACGGCUCCAGGUCCGAAUGGGAACUACCCAAAGUAAGUCAACACAUUUUAAUGUCUUUCAUUUAUUUGUAUGGGCCGAAUCCUAACUUCCACUUAAAUUGAAUCAUUGACAUCAAUGCAUGACUAAGUAAAGAUUGUACUCAAGUGGAAGUGAGGAUUCGUCCUAGAAUUACUUCUACUAGAGAUCAUCCAAUUGGGGCGAAUCUCAAUUGCAUACUCCUCGGGUCCUCUCUCCUCGCCUCCUUCUCAAAACCCAUUGGAGGAGAAGGCCAGAGGGGAGGGACCUCUGGCUUUCUCAUUCGAUGGGUUUUGAAAAGGAGGCGAGGAGUGAGGAUGCAAUUUAGAUUCUUCCUUGAUUUUGGUUUUGGCUUUGCCUCGUAUGACACCGCUGCAUCAGUCUAUUUCCUCCACUGUGAUCUAGUCACCAGUCUCUGUCUUAUCACCUUAACUGGUCUGGACACCUGUAGUCCAUUGACGGAGCAGAGGUUGUGCCCUAAUGUACCUGACAGUGACCAUUAGUGGCUAGUUACUCUCCUGUAAUCUUGUUGGUUAAGCAGAGAUCAGACAGGUAAAGAAUAGGCGUUAGCUUUCAUUUGGCUGGUCAACCGGCGGGCUGAGUGGACACACGCAGGGAUGCAGGCAGACAGACACGCAGAUAGGCUGGGUGUGGUGGUAUCCUUUAGCAACCCUGGAAGAAGACACCGGUGGGGGGCUCCUUCUCUCUGAAAGGGGUCCAACUGAUGGAUGACUGAUGAUACGCUGGGCCAUGAGAGGAGAGGUAUGAAGAAGAGAUACUGGAUACAUGCCAAGCCACGCCUCUUCUAGGACCUUUACUUUACUCUGUUGGUGUUGUUAUCUGGUCAUUGGAUAACGAGUUAACCCUGGAACUCCCGUUCUCUCACCCUUGCCCACCCUCUCUCUCUCACCCUUGCCCACCCUCUCUCUCACCCUUGCCCACCCUCUUUCUCACCCUUGCCCACCCUCUCUCUCACCCUUGCCCACCCACCCUCUCUCUCACCCUUGCCCACCUUCUCUCUCUCUUUUUCUCACUCCCUUUCUCUCACCCUCCCUCUCCCCCCUCUCACUCCCUUCUUCCCUCCCUCCAGUACAACGUGUCCCCCCCUCAGCCAGGCGAUCCCCCCAAGAGUCGUAGCCUGGAGAGGAAACAGUCAGACCCCAUUGUCCUUACCAAGUGGAGACACAGCACCUACGUACUAGACCUCAACAAUAAGGUAAAACCACAUGCUCUGUCUGUGUGUAUCCUACAGUCCAGUUCUAUUGGCAACUCUGUUUACAUGCAGGCAAUGUUUACUCCUGUCAUCACUAGGGUUUGGGUCAAUUCCAUUUCAUUUCAGUCAAUUCCGGAAGUAAACUGAAAUUCAAAUGUUCCUCAUUGCUUUUCAAUGAAUUGACUGAAUUGAAUGGAACUGCCACCAACCCUGGUUGUCACCAGUCACCACUUGUUUUGAUGCUGUAAAUAAGUUUGACGCUGCUCUGUAAGAGUGUUCUUGAACCCUAUCUAAGCCAUCUGGUCAGUAGUUUGUCUGAUCAGCACAACAGGGGGUCAGUCUGGCCAGUAUGUUGUCCCUUUGCAUCCUCUUGGCCUUGCUUGGGUCUCAGUGAGUUUAAUCCCUGAAUACCUUGGGCUCUUAUAUUAACUCUGUGUGGGUGUGAAGAGGAUACGAGUCACACAGGGUAAUCCACUAGCUACUCCUCUCAUUGACAAAUCCCAGUCAGAUGCGAUGUAGGCUAAACCUUGCUUUCAAAGCAUUCUCUUUGGGACGAGUCCAUUGGUUCAAUUGUACCUGGAUAAGUGAAUCAGGUGCAGCCUUAGUAUUUGAACUUAUCUGACAGAAUAAUUUGAUCCAAGUCUGUCUAGUUCUGUUACAGUUCUCUUUUAAAAAAAACUCAGGCUCUGGCCAUCACAUGGGGAGAGUUGGUCGCUCUCUUUACUGCGGUAAAGUUAGUAUCCCUCGCUCUCACGCCUCCCCUCUUACCCCACCUCCACCAAUCCAGAGCGAAAACGAUCAGAUACCUACCUAUUGCUGAUUUAAACCAGAAAUGCAGUGUAUGAGCUUCUCACAAAGUCUUAACUCGAUCUUGAAUCAAUUUCCCUUACUCAAUCAAAUGUCCUGUGUUGAUCUCUGUCUGUGUGUGAGUCAAACCUGAAAGUGCAACAAAGCCUUUAAACAAACAAACAUCUUUCCUUAGUAGUUGACACGACCACUUCACAAUAACCUAGUUGUAUAUUGGCAUAACCAGUUAGAAAUCCAUUGUCAAUUUGACGUCAGAUACUCCGGCUUAAGUACCAUGAAAGAUUUCUGCUCCAGAUUCUUGAUGAAUUUUCUCUUCCUGACUAACUAACCAUAAAUCUAACCAUAAUCUUCUCUGCUUAUCUUCUCUAGUCUCCAUCAUCAUCAUGUUGGCCUUGUUCUUUAUCAUUCUGUCUGUAUCAUUGUGUAGGAGUGUGGGCCUGCAGUCCCCAAGCCAAGUUCUCCUGACUUUGACUUCUGCCCCUCAUCUCCCAAGCACCCCUCAAUCGUUAGUAUUCCCUGGCUUUCGCUCCACAACAUGCAACAUCCAUCUAACAUUUUAUAUCUCCUCACUCUAUGCAUUGCCUUUACUCAUCAUCCUCUAUCCUCUGGAUCCAUCUGUCUUUCUCUCCUGAAUGUGUCCUUUCUGUUUCUCCUAUCUGCUACUGUAACCAAAGGCCAUUAUACUGUCCAAUAGUCCUAUCCUUUAGUUUAGUUUAUGUUGAAUGUUUGUCUGUUAGGAUAAUGUCUUUCACCUUGUUGGACCACUGAGCACAGACUGUUUGAAUCAGUAGUUUGUGUCUGUGUAAUAGCACCCUCUACUGCAAGGAACUAUGUCUGUCUAUAUGGGCAUCACACCCCUUUCACUGCCCCAUUUCCUCUAGUACUUUGUGUGUGUGUGUGUGUGUGUCUUUGUGUCAUGUGUAUAUGUGUGUACAUCAGUACAUACACUGAGUGUACAAAACAUUAGGAACACCUGCUCUUUCCAUGACAUAGACUGACCAGUGAAAGCUAUGAUCCCUUAUUGAUGUCACUUGUUAAAUCCUCUUCAAAUAGUGUAAAUGAAGGGUAGGAGACAGGUUAAAGACAAUUGAGACAUGGAUUGUGUAUGUGUGCCAUUCAGAGGGUGAAUGGGCAAGACAAAAUAUUUCAGUGCCUUUGAACAGGGUAUGGUAAUAGGUGCCAGGUGCACCUGUUUGAGUGUGUCAAGAACUGCAACGCUGCUGGGUUUUUCACGCUCAACAGUUUCCCUUAUGUAUCAAGAAUGGUCCACCACCCAAAGGACAGCAUUGGAAUCAACAUGGGCCAGCAUCCCUGUGGAACGCAAUCGACACCUUGUAAAGUCCAUGCCCUGACGAAUUUACAUUUGACAUUUUAGUCAUUUAGCAGACGCUCUUAUCCAGAGCGACUUACAGUUAGUGAGUGCAUACGUAUUUUUUUAUUUUUUUGAUGACAAAAGGGGUUGCAACUCAAUAUUAGGAAGGUAUUCCUAAUGUUUUGUACACUCAGUGGUAUGUUUGUGUUAGUGUGUGCUCAAGGCACGAGCCUCAUUAUAUUGUUAUUAUUUUUCUGUAUCUCACCCGCCGCUGGCUGUGUUUUUCCUCUCCCCUGCUGUGUGUGUGUGCGCGCGCACUGCAAAAAGUGAAAUCUAAGGAAGCCUAAAUAUAUAUCUUAUAUUGAGUGAUAAUUCACAAAAAAACUUUUUUACCUAAAAAAAUGGUUAAUACAGGUAUUGUCUUCUUAUUUCAAGAUAUUUUACCUUAAUAAGACAAAAAAUAUCUUGAAAUAAGAUAAUUACUUUUUUUAGGUUAAAAUAAGCAACAUGAUCUGCCAAUGACGUUAGAUAAAUUAGCUUGGUACGAAAAAACAACAACAUUUUAAGUGAAUUAUCACUCAAUAAAAGAUAUUUAGGCUUGCUUAGAUUUCACUUUUUGCAGUGAGUGUAUGUGUGUGGUGUGUUUGUACCUUCUGGGUCUGACUGUGUUUACGUCUCCUGUCUGUCUCCCUCCACAGCCCUCUGAGAAGUGUGGAGUCCUCAACGUCACCAAAAUCACUGAGAAUGGCAAGAAAGUCAGGUAAACCUGAGAGAACAUACAUUAUAAAGAUCAUGUAGAUUAGAUUAGAAAUUGUUAUCAUUCUGUAAUGAGGAAAUUGGAGGAUAAUACAGCAUCAUACAAACAAAACAAUAAAUAUAUUUGUUGAAAUAAUGGACAGACUGAUGGUUGAUAAAUGGUUGUGUUGGGAUGUGGUUGAUAAAUGGUUGUGUUCUGACUUGGUUGAUGGUUAAUAAAGGGUUGUGUUGUGACGUGGUUGAUAAAUGUUUGUGUUGUGACAUGGUUCAAACAGAAAGAACUGGACAUCGUCGUGGACGGUACUACAGGGCUCCUCGCUGCUCUUCGCUAAAGGACAGGGGAGUGGCACCAGCUGGGUACGUACCCCAUCAGCCGCCUUGUUAGGAACCAUCUUGGGUGAAAGAAUGUGGCAGAGUUUGUACAGUUGAAGUACAUUUUUGGAUUUAAAAAUGAAUAAAUUUGAGCUAAUUGCCUCCCCUACUUUUCCAAUAACCUGCAGGAUUUUAUUUUACUUCAAAGUAGUGCCUAAGAACUACCUGGCUGGCUGUCUAUCUCCAUUUAGUAGUAGUACACCAUACCUCUUCCUAUUUGCUCUUUAGUUUCCCUUCUCCCUUCUCCUUUCAUCCGUCUGUGACUCUUUAUUUCUCAUUUGACAUCAUUCCCCCUCUCCUCUCCUCUCCUCUCCUCUCCUCUCCUCUCCUCUCCUCUCCUCUCCUCUCCUCUCCUCUCCUCUCCUCUCCUCUCCUCUCCUCUCCUCUCCUCUCCUCUCCUCUCCUCUCCUCUCCUCUCCUUUCCUCUCCUCAUCCAAAGUCCUACCGUAGUGGCUCCAUCCCUGAGCUGCUGCUCACUCUGCUGGCCAACUGGAAGCGUUCGGUCAAGCCCCGCCCAGCUGUCUCCUAUGUCCACUCUGUCCAUGAGUGUUCCAAGGCUGCCACUGUAUGUCUCCUCUGUCCCUGUGCAUGUCUCCCAUGUGUCCCUCUGCCUGUCCAUCACACUCACACUGUCCUAUCCCCUGCCUGCUGCUCAUAACCUCAUCUGAUUGGGUGACCAAGGGGGUGGGAGGGAACUUUGAGUUUCAGGCAUGCGCUCCCUCUGGAUAAUUUUUCCUGAUAUCAUGAUUUGAAGAUUGAAUCGUCUUGAUUGGUUACCCCAGUUUGCCUGAGAGGUGAUGUUUGUAAAAACUAGAAGAGUGUUCCAAAGAAUGAAGAAUACAUGAUUGAGUUUCUGUGUAUUUUUAGAACAAUAUAUGAAAAAGAAAAUAGAGGAGCUGUUUCCUAGAUAAAGGUGUAAAAAGGCAUACAAUAAUACAGUGCUUUAAAAAAUGUGAUAAAAUGUGAUAACAAUUUAACUUCACCGUAAUACAGUACUAAAUGUCCAGCUUGUAACACAGUGGUGUGAAUAUGAUAAUCUGUGUUUAUCUUCAAGUAAACCUAGCAACUAUAACACAUUAACUUGUAACCUAACACUGCUUUCGUUGUUUUUAAUGCAACUUGAAAUAAUAACCGUGUGAAAAGUACUCAUGAAAGAUUUACCACUAUUACUAACCUUGAUUACUAUCCAGCUGAUCGUCUGAAUGUUGAUUUCCUUGUAGAAGUUUGGGGUUAACCAGUCGAAGCCGGAGUUCACUGUGGAUCUCAGAGGGGGGUCAGUGGAUUGGGCCUCGAAGGAUAAAUCCAGCAAGAAGCACGUCAUUGAGCUGAAGACCCGUCAGGGGACGGACCUGCUGAUCCAAUCAGAGAUCGACAGCGUCAUCAACGACUGGUACCGAGUCCUGACAGACACCAUCAGUACACAUGUGAGUGGACCUCUCCUCUCAGCCUAUCUAUCUUCUCAGUUCUGAACAUAGUAGUUACGGUACCACACCUCUGUAAAGUACAAGUCAGGUUUGUCAACAUCCACAACGAGGGGCUUCUGAAAUGUAUGCAUUUAUCGGUAAUCUGUUCAGUACCACACCCUUUCAGGGCAGAGGUGGUCCAGGCUGACUUUAAUAACUUGUGUUGUUUGUGUGUGUGGACAGGCAUGGGAGUCAGAUGAAGCCAUAGAGGAGGACAUGCCUGAGUCCCCUUGGGCAGAGAAACAAGACAAGGAGAAAGACCACAGAGACUCCAAGAAAAACAGAGGUUCCUUGACUAAAUACGCUGUGUGUGUGUGUGUUGCGCUCGCGCGUCAGUGUUAAUUUUGUCAACAAAAAUAGUGACUAAAAUAUUCAUAAUUUUUAAGUGGCAAAAAUAGACCCAGAAAAAACUAUAACUAAACAAAAAUGAUUUUUCAUUUCAGUUGACUAAAGCGAGACGAGACAAAAUGAUCUCUGUGACUAAAAUCUGACUACUAAGUGGACUGGACAAUCGUUUUUGGAGAGAUUGAGCGCUUUUCAGUGAUAAGCACAAUUAAAAUUAGCAGCACAGAUGCGCAGCGCAGUUCUGUUCAGCAUUGGGAAGGAUGCGUCACAGCUGGUGAGCUGCGGGGGGGCAAGGGAUGAGUGUGGGCAGACAGGCUCCGCCUCAGAUUAUACAUAUUGCGCAGGCAACUCUCUUGCUUCCCUGUAGGGAGGACGCCAGCUGUGACACGUCCUUCCCAACCAGUCACCACCAGCCUUCUAGUUAGCUACCCUGUGCCUGGUUAAGAAACACAAGCUGCUGAUCAAAAUUAAAAACAAUAGCAGCAUUGAGUUUAAUAGUAAAACAGUCUAGCUAUGUUUUUCUCUCCCUUGAGUAGGCUCUAGAAAAGUAGACUGUCUUUGAAUUUGUAGUCUCACUCAACCCUCCCACUUUUCCCACUUAAUUUCAUAUACAGGUUCUGUAGCCAACGAAGCCAAGUAUCCCUCUUUUCCUCAGAGAAAACUGCUUGAUUCUAGCCCUUAGGCUAUCAUUCCAAAGACAUGACCCAUGGCGUUAAGGUUUUUUCUUUCUAUUGUGCAUUGCCAUAUUUUACAUUCAUAAAGCAAUAUCACAGGCCGUUCUAAAACUAGGCUACUUGCGGACCUGACCGUUAACCAUUGUUUAGGCUACACCUUGUUCAGUCAUGUUACCUCAUCAGCUAGCUAUAGCUAACAACCUGGGGUGCGUUCAGCAGGCUCCAAUGUUUUGGAAUGUUCAGAAAGAAGUAGGCUAUGUAGAACAAACAUGCCUCUCUGAUAUGUUGAAUAAGGAAUAACGUUGGCUCUGUUCAUGGAAUUUCUAUCUGCAAUGCUCGAGAAUGUUUUUUAACUGAAUGUGGCCCUGGUAACAUUACCAGUAGCCUAUAUGCAAACAUUUGGUGGCACAGAAAGAAAGGAAAAGGGAUAGCAAAAAAUGUAUUGCCUAAAUUCCUCUUGCCACUAUGCUAUAUCUGGGUAAAUAACUUUAUUUUGAGUUAAUGUGGACCCAGUGAAUCAGACUUGAGCACUUGGACCAGGACUCGAGCACUGGGAUGCAGAUUUCAGCCAUAUGGACUCGUGACUCGAUUCGUGACUUGAGCGCUGAUGACUCUGACUUGGACUCGAGCACAGGGGACUAAAGGUUUAGUGACUCAACUACAUCACUGGACGAAACAGUCAUUAGCCCCCCGUUCUACUUUUGGACAUCAAUGUGGCUGCGGCAUCUGUGGAACGUUGAUAACAAUGGCAAUGAUGCGACCAAGUGAUGGAGGUGCAACCCAUACUACUUUACCAAUACUUUGCGGCACCAUCUGGUCUCUCUCUCUCCCUCUCUCUCUCUCUCUCUCUCUCUCUCUCUCUCUCUCUAUCUCUCCCUCCCUCCCUCUCGUUCCUCUCCUCUCCCUCUCCUUCUCUCCUCUCUCUCUCUCUCUCUCUUAUCUCUCUCUCCUCUCUCUCUCUCUCUCUCUCUCUCUCUCUCUCUCUCUCUCUCUCUCUCUCUCUCUCUCUCUCUCUCUCUGAUUGUGUGUGUGUCUGUUUGUUUUGAAUGUAAUGUGCAAUAUCUAUGUAGGCUGAAUUAGGAAUUUGCAUGGACAAAUAAUUCUUAUAUAUGUUUGUCAUAUUUCUGCUGUUGGGAAGAGAAUAGAAACAUAUGUUGGUAGGACCAGGCUAUGUAUGUUUGUGCACAUGGAGGUCAGUGAUUUAUGUUUACUAUAGGUUAAUGAGGCAAUACAAAUGUGAUGUGACUAAAAUGAAAGGGCAUUUAGUUUAUUAAAACUAUUUUUUUGACAAUAACUAGACUAAAUCAUUAUUCAAAUGACAAAAAUGUGACUACGACUUAAUAAUAAAUAAUAAUAUGCCAUUUAGCAGACGCUUUUAUCCAAAGCGACUUACAGUCAUGCGUGCAUACAUUUUUUUUGUGUAUGGGUGGUCCCGGGGAUCGAACCCACUACCUUGGCGUUACAAGCGCCGCGCUCUACCAGCUGAGCUACAGAGGACCACAUGAUACAGUGCCUUGCAAAAGUAUUCAUCCCCCUUGGCAUUUUUCCUAUUUUGUUGCAUUACAACCUGUAGUUUAAAUUGAUUUUUAUUUGGAUUUCAUGCAAUGAACAUACACAAAAUAGUCCAAAUUGGUGAAGUGAAAUGAAAAAAAUAACUUGUUUCAAAAAAUUUAAAAAAAUAAGUAACGGAAAAGUGGUGCGUGCAUAUGCCAGGCUCUGUCGUAGCCGGCCGUGACCGGGAGACCCAUGGGGCGGCACGCAAUUGGCCCAGCGUCGUCCAGGGUAGGGGAGGGAAUGGCCGGCAGGGAUGUAGCUCAGUUGAUAGAGCAUGGCGUUUGCAACGCCAGGGUUGUGGGUUCGAUUCCCACAGGGGGUAUGAAAAAAAUUAUAAUAAUGUAAGUCGCUCUGGAUAAGAGCGUCUGCUAAAUGACGUAAAUGUAAAUGUAAAGGUAAUGUAUUCACCCCCUUUGCUAUGAAGCCCCUAAAUAAGAUCUGGUGCAACCAAUUACCUUCAGAAGUCACAUAAUUAGUUAAAUGAAGUCCUCCUGUGUGCAAUCUAAGUGUCACAUGAUCUGUCACAUGAUCUCAGUAUAUAUACACCUGUUCUGAAAGGAUCCAGAGUCUGCAACACCACUAAGCAAGGGGCACCACCAAGCAAGCGGCACCAUGAAGACCAAGGAGCUCUCCAAACAGGUCAGGGACAAAGUUGUGGAGAAGUACAGAUCAGGAUUGGGUUAUAAGAAAAUAUACAAAACUUUGAACAUCCCACGGAGCACCAUUAAAUCCAUUAUUUAAAAAAUUGAAAGAAUAUGGCACCACAACAAACCUGCCAAGAGAGGACCGCCCACCAAAUCUGACAGACCAGGCAAGGAGGGCAUUAAUCAGAGAGGCAACAAAGAGACCAAAGAUAACCAUGAAGGAGCUGCAAAGCUCCACAGCGGAGAUUGGAGUAUCUGUCCAUAGGACCACUUUAAGCCGUACACUCCACAGAGCUGGGCUUUAUGGAAGAAUGGCCAAAAAAAAGCCAUUGCUUAAAGAAAAAAAUAAGCAAACACGUUUGGUGUUCGCCAAAAGGCAUGUGGGAGACUCCCCAAACAUAUGGAAGAAGGUACUCUGGUCAGAUGAGACUAAAAUUGAGCUUUUUGGCCAUCAAGGCAAAAACGCGAUGUCUGGCGCAAACCCAACACCUCUCAUCACCCCGAGAACACCAUCCUGCUUUGGGGAUGUUUUUCGUCGGCAGGAACUGGGAAACUGGUCAGAAUUGAAGGAAUGAUGGAUGGCGCUGAAUACAGGGAAAUUCUUGAGGGAAACCUGUUUCAGUCUUCCAGAGAUUUGAGACUGGGACGGAGGUUCACCUUCCAGCAGGACAAUGACUCUAAGCAUACUGCUAAAGCAACACUCGAGUGAUUUAAGGGGAAACAUUUAAAUGUAUUGGAAUGGCCUAGUCAAAGCCCAGACCUCAAUCCAAUUGAGAAUCUGUGGUAUGACUUAAAGAUUGCUGUACACCAGCAGAACCCAUCCAACUUGAAGGAACUGGAGCAGUUUUGCCUUGCAGAAUGGGCAAAAAUCCCAGUGACUAGAUGUGCCAAGCUUAUAGAGACAUACCCCAAGAUACUUGCAGCUGUAAUUGCUGCAAAAGAUGGCUCUACAAAGUAUUGACUUUGGGGGGGAGGGGGGGUUAAUAGUUAUGCACGCUCAAGUUUUCUGUUUUUUGUCUUAUUUCUUGUUUGUUUCACCCCGAAAAGUAUUUUGCAUCUUCAAAUUGGUAGGCAUGUUGUGUAAAUCAAAUGAUACAAACCCCCCCAAAAAUCCAUUUUAAUUCGAGGUUGUAAGGCAACAAAAUAGGAAAAAUGCCAAGGGGAGUGAAAACUUUCGCAAGCCACUGUAUUUUAGUCAAAAUGACAAAGACUAAAUCUGAAUGAACACUGGCGCGCUUGUGUGUGUGCGGGUGCGUGUGUGUGAGAAUGUUUGCGUGUGUGUGUGUGUUUGUGCGAGUGUCAGUGAUCUAAAAAUGUUUUGUCACCAAAUGCCCUCUUAGUACCUGUUUAGUCAUUUUCUUCCAUAUGGUUUCAGCAAUGAAGACGUCUGUGAGUAUGGACUCCUCGGACCAGAAGAAGACCAGAGUGAAGCUGAAGAAGUUCCUGACCCGCCGACCCACCUACCAGGCCAUCAGAGACAAAGGCUACAUUAAAGGUAUAGAUGGCGUCACUGCCAGCCCAAAUAUAACCAAAGAAAACCAGAUAGCCGGACGCUUAGUUCCUAUAAAGGUAUAUUGACAUUUGACAUGCCCGUCUCUCUUUUUUUGUGAUUGAAAACAUCCUUCUUUUGCUUUGUGUUGCGUCAAAGACCAGGUAUUUGGCUGCAGCCUGGGCAGCCUGUGUCAGAGGGAGAACACCUCGGUGCCCACUUUUGUCACCAUGUGCAUCGACCAUGUGGAAAACACAGGUAUGACCUGUCUCUGUUCCCUCUUUCUGCCUUUAAAACAUUUGCCAUUUUGUGUCCAUUAUGUGUACUGAAUGAGUUAUUGCUGUCUCUGUAUCUUUCUCUCUCCCCCUCUCCUCUAUGUCUCUGUCCUAUUGUCUUUGUGUCUCUGACCCUCUCCUCUCUUCUGCAGGUCUGAGUAUAGAUGGGAUAUACAGAGUGAGUGGGAACCUAGCCGUGAUACAGAAGCUGCGCUUUGCUGUCAAUCACGGUAGGGCCCAAAUCGUUUUUGUUUUCUUUUGGUAGCAAUGGAAUAGUCCAUGGAACCAAUGGAAUAGUACUAAAAGUGCAAACCUUGUUUGUGUGUGUUCCAGAUGAGAAGGUAGAGCUGGAUGACAGUAAGUGGGAAGACAUCCACGUGACUACAGGAGCCCUGAAGAUGUUAUUCAGAGAGCUGCCUGAACCCCUUUUCACCUACGACUCCUUCAACGACUUUAUCAACGCCAUCAGUGAGUAGUAACACACUUGACCACACUGUUACAGACUUCACUGUGCUGUAUUACAAACACUUACCUCGACUAACCGCUGCCCCCGCACAUUGACUCUGUGCCGGUACCCCCUGUAUAUAGCCUCGCUAUUGUUAUUUCGCUACUGUUAUUUUACUGCUCCUCUGUAAUUAUUUGUUACAUUUUUUUUUUUUUUUUUUAGGUGUUCUUUCUUAAAACUGCAUUGUUGGUUAAGGGCUUGUAAGUAAGCAUUUCACUGUAAGGUCUACACCUGUUGUAUUCAGCACAUGUGACAAAUACGAUUUGAUUUGACAACACAUGUACCAUAAAGAUCCUAUUAAAUUACGAAUUCCUAUUCUAAUUUCUAAUUCUAUGACGUAUACAUUAUAUGCCUGUCUACUGAGCCACUAUUUAUAAUGGUUAAAUUAAGGAUUGAUGGUUUGCCUAAAGACAAUGCCCAUUAAGACAUAAUUGACUUCAUAUGCUGAAUUUACCACUUGGUUUGGGUGAUUCCAACUGUGUUCUGUUUUAAAUGUGUCCACAAGAUGGCACCCUUAUCAUUUGAAUUCACACAAAUCAAUCAGGAUUAAGGAUUAGGGAUGCAAAACUACCGGUAAUUUACCAAAAUUACCGGAAUCUUCUGUAAUUUUGGUAAUUAACAGGUAAUUUAUGGCAAUCUAUGUUAACUUUGGUAAUUUAUACGUGAAUAAUGUUUAAUAAAUGUAUUCAUAUACUGUACCAGUCAAAGGUUUGUACACAUACUCAUUCAAGGGUUUUUCUUUAUUUUUAUUAUUUUCUACAUUGUAGAAUAAUAGUGAAGACAUCAAAACUAUGAAAUAACACAUAUGGAAUCAUGUAGUAACCAAAAAGUGUGAAACAAAUCAAAAUAUAUUUUAGCUUUUAGAUUCUUCAAAGUAGCCACCCUUUGCCUUGAUGACAGCUUUGCACACUCUUGGCAUUCUCUCAACCAGCUUCAUGAGGAAUGCUUUUCCAACAGUCUUGAAGGAGUUCCCACAUACAGUGGGGGAAAAAAGUAUUUAGUCAGCCACCAAUUGUGCAAGUUCUCCCACUUAAAAAGAUGAGAGAGGCCUGUAAUUUUCAUCAUAGGUACACGUCAACUAUGACAGACAAAUUGAGAUUUUUUUUCCAGAAAAUCACAUUUUAGGAUUUUUAAUGAAUUUAUUUGCAAAUUAUGGUGGAAAAUAAGUAUUUGGUCACCUACAAACAAGCAAGAUUUCUGGCUCUCACAGACCUGUAACUUCUUCUUUAAGAGGCUCCUCUGUCCUCCACUCGUUACCUGUAUUAAUGGCACCUGUUUGAACUUAUCAGUAUAAAAGACACCUGUCCACAACCUCAAACAGUCACACUCCAAACUCCACUAUGGCCAAGACCAAAGAGCUGUCAAAGGACACCAGAAACAAAAUUGUAGACUUGCACCAGGCUGGGAAGACUGAAUCUGCAAUAGGUAAGCAGCUUGGUUUGAAGAAAUCAACUGUGGGAGCAAUUAUUAGGAAAUGGAAGACAUACAAGACCACUGAUAAUCUCCCUCGAUCUGGGGCUCCACGCAAGAUCUCACCCCGUGGAGUCAAAAUGAUCACAAGAACGGUGAGCAAAAAUCCCAGAACCACGCCAAAAAUCCCUGCAGAGAGCUGGGACCAAAGUAACAAAGCCUACCAUCAGUAACACACUACGCCGCCAGGGACUCAAAAUCCUGCAGUGCCAGACGUGUCCCCCUGCUUAAGCCAGUACAUGUCCAGGCCCGUCUGAAGUUUGCUAAAGUGCAUUUGGAUGAUCCAGAAGAGGAUUGGGAGAAUGUCAUAUGGUCAGAUGAAACCAAAAUAGAACUUUUUGGUAAAAACUCAACUCGUCGUGUUUGGAGGACAAAGAAUGCUGAGUUGCAUCCAAAGAACACCAUACCUACUGUGAAGCAUGGGGGUGGAAACAUCAUGCUUUGGGGCUGUUUUUCUGUAAAGGGACCAGGACGACUGAUCCGUGUAAAGGAAAGAAUGAAUGGGGCCAUGUAUCGUGAGAUUUUGAGUGAAAACCUCCUUCCAUUAGCAAGGGCAUUGAAGAUGAAACGUGGCUGGGUCUUUCAGCAUGACAAUGAUCCCAAACACACCGCCCGGGCAAUGAAGGAGUGGCUUCGUAAGAAGCAUUUCAAGGUCCUGGAGUGGCCUAGCCAGUCUCCAGAUCUCAACCCCAUAGAAAAUCUUUGGAGGGAGUUGAAAGUCUGUGUUGCCCAGCGACUGCCCCAAAACAUCACUGCUCUAGAGGAGAUCUGCAUGGAGGAAUGGGCCAAAAUACCAGCAACAGUGUGUGAAAACAUUGUGAAGACUUACAGAAAACGUUUGACCUGUGUCAUUGCCAACAAAGGGUAUAUAACAAAGUAUUGAGAAACUUUUGCUAUUGACUAAAUACUUAUUUUCCACCAUAGUUUGCAAAUAAAUUCAUUAAAAAUCCUACAAUGUGAUUUUCUGGAUUUUUUUUUCUCAUUUUGUCUGUCAUAGUUGACGUGUACCUAUGAUGAAAAUUACAGGCCUCUCUCAUCUUUUUAAGUGGGAGAACUUGCACAAUUGGUGGCUGACUAAAUACGUUUUUCCCCCACUGUAUGCUGAGCACUUGUUGGCUGCUUUUCCUUCCUUCACUGUGUUUUGGGUCAUUGUCCUGUUGAAAAACAAAUUAUAGUCCCACUAAGCGCAAACCAGAUGGGAUGGCGUAUCGCUGCAGAAUGCAGUGGUAGCCAUGCUGGUUAAGUGUGCCUUGAAUUCUUCUUAUUGGUGUCCUUUAGUAGUGGUUUCUUUGCAGCAGUUCGACCAUGAAGGCCUGAUUCACGCAUUCUCCUCUGAACAGUUGAUGUUGAGAUGUGUCUGUUACUUGAACUCUGUGAAGCAUUUAUUUGGGCUGCAAUCUGAGGUGCAGUUAACUCUAAUGAACUUAUCCUCUGCAGCAGAGGUAACCCUGGGUCUUCCUUUCCUGUGGCGGUCCUCAUGAGAGCCAGUUUCAUCAUAGCGCUUUAUGGUUUUUGCAACUGCAAUUUUCCGUAUUGACUGACCUGCAUGUCUUAAAGUAAUGAUGGACUGUCAUUUCUCUUUGCUUAUUUGAGCUGUUCUUGCCAUGAUAUGGACUUGGUCUUUUAGGGCUAUCUUCUGUUCUACAAUGUAGAAAAUAGUAAAAAUAAAGAAAAACCCUGGAAUGAGUAGGUGUGUCCAAACUUUUGACUGGUACUGUACAGUAUAAUAUUCAUUUUUUUAUAUCUUUGUAUAUAUUGUCCAUGAGUGUCUAUUGGAUAGGCCAUAUGGUUAAAGAGAAAAUAGCCUAAUUAAUGAAAAAAACAAUGGCAUUAUUUUUAAUUAACUCUGCAACUCUUCCAACUAUUGACUUUUGUUUUGUGCAAAUGCCACUAGUUUGGCUCCGAAACAUUUACAACAAAGACAUAUUGACAUUGUAAAAUAAAUAAAUAAAGGCUAUUUCAUGCUGAAACCCUCAUAUUAAGCACCAAAGGUAUUCACUAAGUUGAUGGUUUAUAUUUAGGAUCAUGUUUUACAGCUUUGUCAUUCUAUUUUUUAUUUGAAAAUCAUCUUAUUUGAUUAUUUUAUAUGUUUUACAUGUGAUAAGGCCUCAAAGUGGGCCAGAGAUAAUUACAGACGCCUGUGAUAAUCUGAAGUACCCAAAAGGGACACUAGAUGUCUUGUGAUAAAUUACAUAAAAUCCUUGAAUGUUACCAAAAUGCUGGUCGUUUACUGGUAAACUUAGAAAGUUUCCAGUAAUAUACCCUCCCUUUGCAACCCUAAUCCGGAUCAUGUAAAUGCUGUGUUUUUCCGUUUGCAAUGAAACUAAUGGUUUUACAUUUUUCCCUCUGUUCCAGAAUUCUCAGACUACAAGCAGCGAGUGAAUUUGAUAAAAGACUUAAUCAAGCAGUUGCCAAAACCGAAUCACGACACAAUGCAAUGCCUCUUCAAGCAUCUCAGAAGGUAAGCAAAAAGCAUCCUACAUUUCUGCUAAGCUAAAGUCAAUACUCUCUGAUGUAUGACAAGACCCAGCUCAUAAUUCAUUGUGCUAGUCUGUUUAAUAGUAGCCUGGGAAGCCGCUAGCGGACUUUAUGGAUCUCCACUAUCGUCUGGGCUUGAUGCUUGAUGUGCUCCCCGGCGACCGGUUCGUACAUAAAGAAUUCUCCAUUCAGGCUUCGAUUUCCUCCUUAACUGUAGCUCAGUUGGUAGAGCAUGGCGCUUGCAACGCCAGGGUUGUGGGUUCGUUUCCCACUGGGGGCCAGUAUGAAAAUGUAUGCACUCACUAACUGUAAGUCGCUCUGGAUAAGAACGUCUGCUAAAUUACUAAAAUGUAAAUGUAAAAAGAAGGAGGCGAGAAGGAAGGAGAAAGAAAAAAACGGGGAAAAUAUAUAUAUAUAUAUUUUUUUUUUUUGAGGACAAAAAUAAACGUUAUUUUGUACAUUCUGCACACAUUUUACAUACAUGGCAGUUUAUUUUAUUUAUUUUUACCAUUGUUACAGAGCAAGAAUAAGGUAAUUUGAUAUUUUGAUAUACAUUACAUCUUGAUAGAUAGUACUUAUACAUUACACAUCGUGUUUUCAGUCAUAACUAUUAUAGAACAUUAGCUUUUAAGUCCACCUCUCAGCUACUCUCAGUCCAUCCCACCUGUCUCUGUAAAAUGCUGUCUUAUGAUUUCCAUGAGCCAUAUAUUUUUCAACUAUGCUGAGAUGUUUCACUUAAAUUCUGAACCUGUCUAAUCGGCCUAGUAUCUACAGAAAGUUAAAGAUAAAUAUUUUGACUAAAAAUAUUAUCAUAUUGUUGAUUGAUUGACUAUGGCUUUCCAAAUCUCCCAACAGUGCUAUUUGUAGGGUUCAUUUGAGAUAAAUGUUGUGAUUUUUCAGCCAUUCCUGAACCUGUGACCAGAAACAAACUACAUGGCGGCAAUACCAAAAUAAGUGAUCUAGUGAUUCUGUCUCUUUGUAGCAAAAUAUGCAGAGCUGAGAUAGUUGUAUACCCCAUAUACAUAACAUUCUGUUUGUGAAUAAUAAAAACUCAAAGUUUGGAAUCAAGCGUUGUUUUUGCGUAUCAGUUCAUAAACCAUGCGCCACGGAAUCGGCACAUCGAAAAUCUCUUCCCAACUAUUUUGCGACCUGUAUGGCGCCGCAGUCAACAUUUUGGUCCUCAAGUAAAACUGAUAUAUAUAUUUCUUUCUCAGCCCGUUAGAGCUCGGGGCUAUAUCAUACAGUAUGUUCAGAAUGACAUUUGCCUAAGCACUAUUUGCAUUUAUAUGGCCCUGUGUUUGCCGUAAUGCAAUACCUUUAGAUCUGGUGUUUCUUCUAGGAAAUGUAUUGUGUGACAUUUUGUCUAUAUGGAAGUGUAUCCCAAAUGACACCCUAUGCCCUACAUAGUGCACUACUUAUCACUAGGGCUCUGGUCAAAAGUAGUGCACUAUAUAGGGAACAGGGUGCCAUUUGGGAUGCAGACUAUGUAUAUGAGACAAGGGGAUUUAAUUGGGUUUUCCAAUGAAUAAUGUUAUUGUGUGGAGCAGCGUUUCUGUAUGCAAGGAUGUUGAUUCCCAUUUAAAAGCAGCGAUAUUACCUGACGUUGUUUAAUAUCGUAUUUUGCAUCUGAUGUUUUUCAAAUACUAGCAGUAGCUUACUUAAUAAAUGUUUUACACGUUUUGUCUCCAGCGUGUACCUGAACUCUUUGUUGACCAACCAACAUCUGUAAUGUGUUUUCUAAAUGAUAUGCCUAUCUCACCAUAACGGACUGACCAUAGGGGAGUUCGGGAAAAUGCCAGAUGGGCUUGUCCAUCUUUAGCCCAGUGGGCCUGUCUAAAUUGGGGGUUUUGUGCAGAAUGAUCAUUAUUUGGUUAAUAAUGGGGGCCUCAAGGAAAAAAUGUGCCUUUGUGUUAGAAAUGCCGAGCCGAUUUCUGCUCGCAGUCCGUCCCUGUAUCCCACUCUUUCCUCCUCUCUCCUUCCUGUCUCUCUCCAGGGUGAUAGACCACGGAGAGGCCAACCGUAUGACGACGCAGAGUGUAGCGAUCGUCUUCGGCCCUACCCUGCUCAGACCUGAGACCGAGACGGGAAACAUCGCUGUUCACAUGGUCUAUCAGAACCAGAUUGUUGAGCUCAUCUUACUGGAGUACGAGAACAUAUUUGGCAGGUAGAAAAGGAACAUCUAAGGACGACAUCUGAGGUAAACUCCUGUGGAAGAGGAAGGGGAUGGUCUGGUAACUGGUCGGACUCACCCAAUACCGCUUAUUUUUGUGACUGAAACAUUGCUGCUGUGGACCAAGCAAUUUAAAGAAAGAAAAACAAAAAUGUAAUUAUUGUUCAUUUGAUAAUAAGAUGAAUAAAGGAAACUUGUGAACGACUUUGCACUUAACAUUUUGAGAGAGCUGAGUAUGAUGUAAAUAAAUACAGAUUUCAUUCACUUUGGUUGCCAUUCCUGCUGUGAGUAGCAGGGAGGUUCAAUUGCUUCAGGGGGAGGGUCUUGAUUGGUUGAUUGAUUUGUUGGUUGGUUGGUGAGCUGGCUGGAUCUAGGACCGUAUCGUCAUCGCCUUGAUGACGGACGGAGUGCAGUGUGAAUUGCGUGGAUGGAUUGCCCUCCGUGUAUGAUGUGAUCCAGUGGAUUUGAGUAUUCAGGGUAUAACUGUGAUCUACACUGGAUUCCUAUGGCCAGUAUUAAGUACAUACUACAUACAACAAGAGCUUGGUGAAUAAGACUUGCAUUGUUUUGGACUGGAGUGGAACAGAAGGAGAGGAUUGUGGGAUACACUGGCGUUAAAGAAACCGCUGGAGUGACUUCUGGCUUUCUCUGAUGACAUCACAACACAGGAAGCACAGCUCAAUCCAGAUCAUUCAAACAACAACAACUAACUACCCACUAAAUGACUGACUGGCUGGGUGGUCUGAUCUCCCUCUGUCAAGUCAAUGGAAGCCCAUAUCCUACUACCAUGUGGUAGAAUAUAGACCAUUCUUGGUCGUCUGUAUAAGGACUACUCUCAUUGCUUUGUGUUGGAAUAUUAAGCUGAACCUCUGAACUGGAUAUUCUCAGUGUUGUGGAACGUUGACUGUUGACUUGACCUCUGAAUUUUGUGAUGUACAGUAUAAAGCCUCAGUGGUAUGGAUACAGAAUCAGUAUUAAAUAUGGGGGCUCUCUGAGGGGACCCCAAAAUGAUGUACGGGGUCUCUCGGAGGGGACCCCUGGAUCAACUGGAUGGGACAUAGUCAUGUGUAUUAACUAUAUUUCCCCUACUUAAUAAUUCACCACGAUCGGAUCUGGGAACUAUAUAAUGCACUACUUUUGACC